CGGGGCGCCCGGGCCGCGGCGCGGGGCGGCGGCAGGGGCCUGGCGGAGGCUGCCGGGCGGCCGCCAUGCGAUCAGGCAGUGCGCUGACCGGCCCGGCCGGUCGGCCCCUUCUGGGUCCUCCCUUUGCAGCCCGUGCGGGGCCGUCUCGGAGACCCCGCGCCGACGGCUGCUCAAACAUCAGGCUGGCCCCCGAAAGGACACUCCCCAAGUCCCCAGCCGGGGGCCCCGCAUAGACCUGGAGUGGACACCCCCUCCUUCCCUUCAUGAUUCGUUUGUAGCGCAGUGGCGAUGGAUGAUGAGGAUGGGAGGUGCUUACUAGACGUGAUUUGCGACCCUCAGGCCCUCAAUGACUUCUUACAUGGAUCCGAGAAGCUGGACGGUGACGACCUCCUGGAUAACCCCGGGGAGGCCCAAAGUGCCUUCUAUGAAGGUCCUGGGCUCCACGUGCAAGAAGCUUCUGGCAACCACUUGAGCCCGGAGCCCACGCAGCCGGCCCCCAGCGUGGACCUAGACUUCCUGGAAGAUGCCAUCCUGGGCUCGCCUGCCGCGGGGGGCGGCGGCGGGGGCGGAGGGGGCGCCGACCAGCCCUGCGACAUCCUCCAGCAGAGCCUCCAAGAGGCCAACAUCACUGAGCAGACCCUCGAGGCCGAGGCCGAGCUGGACCUGGGCCCCUUCCAGCUGCCCACUCUGCAGCCCGCGGACGGCGGGGCGGGCCCGGCGGGGGCCGGAGGGGCCGCGGCCGUGGCCGCGGGGCCCCAGGCCCUGUUCCCGGGGGGCACCGACCUGCUGGGGCUGCAGGCCCCCCCCGCCGUGCUGACCCACCAGGCCCUGGUGCCGCCCCAGGACGUGGUCAACAAAGCGCUGAGCGUCCAGCCCUUCCUGCAGCCCGUGGGCCUGGGCAAUGUGACCCUCCAGCCCAUCCCGGGCCUCCAGGGCCUGCCCAACGGCAGCCCUGGGGGCGCCGCGGCGGCCACGCUCGGCCUGGCGCCCAUCCAGGUGGUGGGCCAGCCGGUCAUGGCACUCAACCCGCCCACCUCCCAGCUCUUGGCCAAGCAAGUGCCCGUCAGCGGCUACCUGGCCUCAGCGGCCGGCCCCUCGGAGCCGGUGACCCUGGCGUCGGCCGGCGUCUCGCCCCAGGGGGCGGGCCUGGUCAUUCAGAAGAACCUCCCCACCGCCGUGGCCACCACGCUCAACGGGAACUCGGUGUUCGGAGGGGCCGGGGCUGCCCCCGCAGCGGCCGGCGGGGCGCCCUCGGCGGCCCCCGGCCUCGGCACGUCGCCGCUGGUCCCGGCGCCCAACGUGAUCCUGCAUCGCACGCCCACGCCCAUCCAGCCCAAGCCCGCCGGCGUGCUGCCCCCCAAGCUCUACCAGCUCACCCCCAAGCCGUUCGCCCCCGCGGGCGCCACGCUCACCAUCCAGGGCGAGGCGGGGGGCCUCCCGCAGCCGCCCAAGGCCCCCCAGAACCUGACUUUCAUGGCAGCGGGCAAGGCCGGCCAGAACGUGGUGCUGUCGGGCUUCCCGGCGCCGGCCCUGCAGGCCAACGUCUUCAAGCAGCCUCCGGCCACCACGACGGGGGCCGCCCCGCCGCAGCCGCCCGGGGCCCUGAGCAAGCCCAUGAGCGUCCACCUCUUGAAUCAGGGCAGCAGCAUCGUCAUCCCCGCCCAGCACAUGCUGCCGGGCCAGAACCAGUUCCUGCUGCCGGGGGCGCCCGCCGUCCAGCUGCCCCAGACGCUGUCGGCCCUGCCCACCAACGUCGGCGGGCAGAUCCUGGCGGCCGCGGCCCCCCACGCGGGCGGACAGCUCAUCGCAAACCCCAUCCUCACCAACCAGAACCUGGCGGGCCCGCUGAGCCUGGGCCCCGUGCUGGCCCCCCACUCGGGGGCCCACAGCGCCGCCCACAUCCUCUCGGCCGCCCCCAUCCAGGUGGGCCAGCCGGCGCUCUUCCAGAUGCCCGUGUCGCUGGCCGCGGGCAGCCUGCCCACACAGAGCCAGCCGGCGCCCACGGGCCCCACGGCCACCACCGUCCUCCAGGGGGUCACUCUGCCUCCCAGCGCCGUGGCCAUGCUCAACGCCCCCGAUGGGCUGGUGCAGCCGGCCCCCCCGGCCGCCACCGGGGAGGCCGCACCCGUCCUCGCGGUGCAGACGGCCCCCCAGGCGCCACCGGCCGCCAGCACACCGCUGCCUUUGGGCCUCCAGCAGCCACCGGCGCAGCAGCCCCCCCCCCAGGCCCCUGCCCCUCAGGCCGCCGCCCCGCCUCAGGCCACCACCCCCCAGCCCAGCCCGGGCCUGGCGUCCAGCCCAGAGAAGAUCGUCCUGGGACAGCCACCCUCUGCCGCCACCGCGGCCAUCCUCACUCAGGACUCCCUGCAGAUGUUCCUGCCGCAGGAGAGGAGCCAGCAGCCCCUCUCCGCAGACGGCCCCCACCUCUCCGUGCCCGCCUCGGUCAUAGUCAGCGCCCCGCCUCCCGCCCAAGACCCAGCCCCGACCACCCCCACCGCCAAAGGAGCUGGCCUCGGCCCUCAGGCCCCCGACAGCCAGGCUUCCCCGGCGCCGGCCCCCCAGAUCCCGGCAGCGGCUCCACUCAAGGGCCCAGGCCCCUCCUCGUCCCCGUCACUACCUCACCAGGCCCCUCUGGGAGACAGCCCCCACCUGCCCUCCCCACAUCCCGCCAGGCCCCCCUCCCGCCCGCCCUCCCGCCCCCACUCCCGCCCGCCCUCCCAGCCCCAGAGCUUGUCCCGCCCGCCCUCGGAGCCCACCCUGCACCCUUGCCCCCCGCCCCAGGCGCCCCCGACUCUGCCCGGCAUCUUUGUCAUCCAGAACCAGCUGGGGGUCCCGCCACCGGCCGGCACCCCGGCCCCCACGGCCCCAGGCCCCCCCCAGCCCCCGCUGCGCCCCCCAUCCCAGCCCCCGGAGGGGCCGCUGCCCCCGGCUCCCCACCUCCCGCCCGCCUCGGCCCCCUCUGUCGUGGCCCCCACGGACGCGUCCGCCAGGCUGCAGGCCCCGACGCCGCCUGACUUCCAGCUGCAGUUCCCGCCCGGCCAGGGGCCCCACAAGUCCCCCACGCCCCCUCCGACCCUCCACCUGGUCCCUGAGCCCGCAGCGCCCCCCCCACCGCCUCCUCGGACCUUCCAGAUGGUGACCGCCCCCUUCCCGGCGCUGCCCCAGCCGAAGGCUCUGCUCGAGAGAUUUCACCAGGUGCCGUCCGGAAUCAUUCUCCAGAACAAGGCCGGGGGGGCCCCCGCCGCCCCGCAGACCUCCGCCAGCCUGGGGCCCCUCGCCAGCCCCACCGCCUCGGUGCUGGUCAGUGGGCAGACCCCAUCCGGGACCCCCACCGCCCCCAGCCAUCCCCCUGCCCCGGCACCCAUGGCCACCGCAGGCCUCCCUCCUCUGCUUCCUGCCGAGAGCAAAGCUUUUGCCAGCAACCUCCCGACCCUGAGCGUGGCCAAGGCCGCCGCGGCUGGGCCGGGGAAGUCUUCUGGGCUGCAGUACGAGAGCAAGUCGAGGAAACCCCCCACCCUUCAGCCCAGCAAAGAAGCCUGUUUCCUGGAACAUUUGCACAAACAUCAGGGCUCCGUCCUGCACCCUGACUACAAGACAGCCUUCCCCUCCUUCGAGGAUGCCCUGCAUCGCCUCCUGCCCUACCACGUCUACCAGGGUGCCCUCCCCUCCCCCAACGACUACCACAAAGUGGAUGAGGAGUUUCAGACGGUCUCCACGCAGCUGCUGAAACGCACCCAGGCCAUGCUCAAUAAAUACCGCCUUCUGCUCCUGGAGGAGUCCCGGAGGGUGAGCCCCUCAGCGGAGAUGGUCAUGAUCGACCGAAUGUUCAUUCAGGAGGAGAAGACCACUCUUGCCUUGGACAAACAGCUGGCCAAGGAGAAGCCCGACGAGUACGUGUCUUCCUCGCGCUCUCUUGGCCUCCCCAUCGCCGCCUCUUCCGAGGGACAUCGGCUCCCCGGCCACGGCCCACCGCCGUCCUCGGCGUCCGGGGCCCCCGCCCAGCCCCCUCUGCACCUGCCCACCAAGCUGGUGAUUCGGCACGGAGGGGCGGGUGGCUCGCCUUCCGUGACCUGGGCUCGGGCGUCCUCCUCCCUGUCCUCCUCCUCCUCCUCUUCCGCCGCCUCCUCCCUGGACGCCGACGAGGACGGCCCGAUGCCCUCCCGCAACCGCCCUCCCAUCAAGACCUACGAGGCCCGCAGCCGCAUCGGCCUCAAGCUCAAGAUCAAGCAGGAAGCCGGGCUCAGCAAGGUGGUCCACAACACGGCCCUGGACCCGGUGCACCAGCCGCCGCCCCCCGCCGCCCUCAAGGCAGCCGAGCCCCCGCCCCGGCCGCCGCCGCCGCCGCCGCCGCCGCCGCCCCCGCCGGCCACCGGCCAGAUGAACGGCACGGUGGACCACCCGCCGCCGCCGCCGGCGGCCACCGACCGCAAGCCGGCGGCGGCCCUGGCCCCGCACUGCCCGCGGCUGCCCCUGCGGAAGACGUACCGCGAGAACGUGGAGGCCCCGGGCAGCGGGGCGGGGGAGGGGGCCGGGGCCGGCAGAGCCCGGGGCGGCAGCCCGGCGCCGCCGCCGCCGCCCGCCAAAGUGGACGAGGCCACCAGCGGGCUCAUCCGCGAGCUGGCCGCGGUGGAGGACGAGCUGUACCAGCGCAUGCUGAAGGGGGCCCCACCGGAGCCCGCGGCCAGCGGCGGGCAGGGCAGCGGCAGCCGGGAUCCCGCCUGGGAGGCGCCUCCCGCCAAGCGGCGCAAGUCCGAGUCGCCCGACGUGGACCAGGCCAGCUUCUCCAGCGACAGCCCGCAGGACGACACGCUCACGGAGCACCUCCAGAGCGCCAUCGACAGCAUCCUGAACCUCCAGCAGGCCCCGGGUCGGACGCCUGCACCCCCGUACCCCCACGCCGCCCCGACGGCCGUCGCGCCCGCCUCCCCGUCGCCGCUGCACAGGCCCGAGGCCUACCCGCCCUCCAGUCACAACGGCGGCCUCGGCGCCAGGACGUUGAACAGAUAACACCGGGCUGGUCUUCCCUUCCCCUGUCCCGCCUCCCCAGGUCCGCGCGGACGCCGGGGUGGGGGGCCCGGCCGGGCGUCUGACCUCAGCCUCCUGGGGGGGGGGGGGGGGACACGAGCCGCCGGGGAUCCCCCGACAGUUUUUCUUGCCUAAGUUAUUUGAGUCACAAAGGCCCCCUCCCCCACUUCCCGCGCCAGCCGGGCUUGUUGGGUGUGGGGUCGGGGGACUUCGGGGAGGGGGCUGUGAUGUAAAAUGCCCCCCCCUGCCAAAGGUGGGGGCGAUCCUGGUGUUUCGUCAUUUCCUAUUUCUUCCCGCUUCCUGCCACGCUCUGCCCCACCGUCGGGGGGUGGGGGUGGGGGGCACGUGUGCGUUUGCCGGGGAUGCAGGUACCCUGGUUGCUCCCCACGCGUGUCCCGGACUGGGCUCGUCCGCGUGGCUUCACAGACCCACGCGCCGAGGGCGCUCAAAGCUGGGGGGGGGCGGCUGGGGGAGGGGGGUCCCUGCCAGCCUCGCUCAGCCCCUCUCUCUCUCUCUCUAGCGCCCCCCACAGGCUGUAAGAAGAACCACAGGGCAGGGCGGGCGUUAGCCAGCGUCCCGGGGGGGGCCCCCUCUCGCAGGGCUGUGCCCGCGGGCGCCAUGUCACAUCCACGUGUGUGCGUCCAGCUCCGUGUCCUGUGCCCCCCCCCCCCGUGUGUGUGCUCGAGUGAGCAAGAGAGAGAGAGAGAGAGAUUUCGAACCCUCCCGUCCCUCGACUUAAAAUCCGAGCACCUCCCACACAGGAAACCGGGGUCUCCCUCCCACACCUCCACCCCCCACCCCCCACCCCCACCCCGACCCCAGCCAGUCUUCCCAAUGUUCUUCCUGCCGCCAGCCACCCGCGCCAGAUUUUGAAAUCUCGGACACAGAACUAGUACUGUAAGAUAAAUUUUUUUGUACUGUAUUUAUUGUGUAUAACGAUUUUUUUAAAGGAGAAUUCUGUACAUUUAGAACUCUUGUAAAUUAAAAAACUGAUCCUUUUUUUAAAACUGUA